UGAGGCCGUACCAUGGCGACAGAAACUCAAUAGCUUUCAAUGAAUUAAUGAUUGUGACUUUUGUGACAGGUUUUAAAUAGUUCCGGCAACCAUUUAAGGCGCAGUAUCAAAGGUUCACUGUCUGGGGAAAUAUAGCCUAUCUAGCCUAACUAACCCACUCAUGCAAAUGAAUUAUAUCUGGACUAUCGUGACUGGAUAUGAUAGCCUACAACCCAUGUUUGAGUUUUUGCGCAUGAGGCUACAUAAGCUGCUACACAGUGCCUUUGAACGUGCACUCGUUGGCAGGAUGCAGGUAUGGGGAAUGGCCGGGGAAUAUCUAGCAGCUUGUCCGUAGUGGCAGUUUGCCUUGCAGCGCUACUGUGUGCCAACCUGCUGCUCUACUGGUACCUGGAUUCUUUGUAUCCAGGAGUUGUCUCGCAUUCUCCGCAUGGGCACUGCCCACCUCGCCACUUUAAACUGGGCACAAUGCGUGACUGUGAACCCUGGCUGCAGUGUCCAGAGGUACAAAAUGACAUCCGCAGGCUGAAGAUGGUGGGACAAGGAGCAGUGAAGAAGGUGUACCUGUCAGAAUGGAAAGGACAGAAGGUGGCUAUGUGUGUGCUUUCCUCUGAGACCUACCGUGCUGACUUCCUGCAUGGGCUCUCCAUGCUGCGUUCGCUCCAGAGUGCACGUGUGGUGCAGCUUGUGGGGUCCUGCGAAGGUGAUGGUGUCUUCGUCACCGAGUACCACCCCUUGGGCACCCCUCUGGGCCUGGACGACGCCCUGGCGAUCCCGCGGUACCGCAGCAGUGACGCGUGGCAGACCCGUUUGCGCUUGGCGCUGGACUAUGUAGCCUUCCUCAGUUUUCUCCAUGCCAGUCCGGUGGGCACGCGAGUCAUGUGCGACUCCAAUGACCUCAGCAAGACCCUCAGCCAGUUCCUGCUGACCGCAGACUUUCGGCUAGUGGCCAACGACCUUGAUGCGCUGCCAGAGGUGACCCCUAGAGGUCACGGGGUCAAGUGUGGCCCUCGGCAGCUCACAGGGGAUUUUGUGGCCCCCGAACAGUUGUGGCCCCACGGGGAUGAGAAGCCCUUCUCAGACGACCUCAUGCCCGGCUACGACGAGAAAACGGACAUUUGGAAGAUUCCAGAGGUCACAGGCUUCUUGCUAGGGCAUGUCACAGGAAGUGAUGUCAUACACUUCCAUCUGUUCCAGAUCCAUGCUGACUGUAAGAAAUCGGACCCUAAACAGCGCCCCACUGCAAGGGAGGUUUUGAGUGUCUACCGUACUGUUUACGACACCAUGGUGGAGAGCCAGCAACAGGCCCGAGACAUGCUCUAGCAGAGAAUCACAUGUUGGGGAAUCAGCCAUUCAAAAAAUAUUGCUGGGAGAAGAUGUGCGUAGAUGCUGCAAUAAUUGUGAAGUUAAAACUGCUGUAUUCACUCAGUUGUGCAUAAAUAUGACAAGUGAAAAAAAAAGUUUUGUCUUU